GCCGCCUUUCAGGUUUUGGGUCCCGGAAGCUGGAGGCAGGGGAAGUAAGGCAAAUGUGGCCGGUGGUCUCGCUUCGCUAGCAGUGCCGGCCGUGGCGAGGAUGGGGGCAGCCGCUUCGCAACUCUUUGCGCUUCUUCUGGGGCUCGUGUCCGUCGUGUCAGGGCUGAGGCUUCUCCUCAACGACGCGCCGCUUUUCAACUGCUCCCAACCGGGUCUACACUGCCUUGUGCGAAACAGUACCUGCAUGGAUCAGAGCUGGCUCAGUGUUUUCACGUUGACUCCCUCAGCCCCAAGUUCUCUUGAUGUUGGUAUUGAUACUUUCUUUGGGGAGGAGGGGAAACUACUCCCCGUGCUAAAGAUAGAGUGGAAGGUGGCUACUGAUGCAAGCAUUAUGUAUCUCAAAGGGGUCGAAUUGGCUGUGCUGCAGGUGACCAGUAACCAGCAGGUCUGUGCUCAGUUCGACUUUCAGAAUAACCUGUCAAUCCAAGUCCGUCCAAAUGGUGGAGGCCGGUGGAAUUUCUCUUUCAACCGCUUUGAAGUACAGCCAGGUCAGAUGUACCAAGUGACUGUCCAUCACCUGCCCAAAUUAAGUACUCCAGGAGACCAUAACCUGAAAUCCAGGCGUUUCACAGUACCUGACUGCACAGUUCCUAUCGUAAAAACAACAGCACCAUGUCUGCAAAUAGGCAGUCUGUGGGAGCCCAGAAUUGAAGGUGAAAGACUAGGUGAUGAUUCUCUGUUGGUCAGCUUUAAUCCAGCAGUGGAGCCAGCCAGUUACAUCAUCCACGUGACCAGUUAUCAAGAAAAUGAAAAUGAAUGUAAGAAGACCACACACAAAAUAUCCGAGGAGGGGCUGCAGCAGCGACAGAAUGUCACAGUCAAACUAGAGAGAAACUUGGCGAGUUGUUGCCAGUACCAAGUUCAGAUUCAGCCAUUUUUUACAGCUUGUGCCACAGAUUGUAUGAGGCAUUCUGUUUUCAUCCCAUGUCCUCAGCCUACUAUCCAGCCAUAUUAUGACAGAACAAACGGAGAUGAUUAUCUUUCAGUGGUCCUGCCCUGGAGCCUCACUGUCACCUGCAUUUUACUAGUUUUGUCAGCUGUCGCUUUCGCGAUUUGCCUCGUUCGGAGGCCAAAAGCAAAUUCUGGAACAAGCAGUAGUGAUGGUACACACCAUGAUCUCCUGCCUGUAUCACAGCCUCCUCCACCCCUAAAGCCCCGUAAGAUUUGGAUUGUGUAUUCUGCUGAUCACAAGCUCUAUGUAGACGUUGUGAUGAAGUUUGCUCAAUUCUUGAUGACCGUCUGUGGUACUGAGGUAGUCCUUGAUCUGCUGGAUGAGCGCCAGAUAUCCAAGAUGGGGUCUGUAUGCUGGCUUACUCGGCAAAAACAGGAAAUGGAAGAAUUGUCUUCAAAGAUCAUCAUCUUGUGCUCCCAGGGUACUCGAGCUAAGUGGCAGUCCAUGCUUGGGCGUGACAAGAUAGCUGUGUGUCUCAAGCAAGAUGACCUGCUGCCAAUGGGGGACAUGUUCACUCCAGCACUGAAUCUGAUCCUGCCAGACUUUAAGCAGCCAGCUUGCUUUGGCAUGUACCUAGUCUGCUAUUUUGAGGGCAUAAGCAGCGAGAGAGAUAUUCCAGAUCCAUUUAACGUCACCUCCAAGUACCAGCUGAUGGACAAGUUUGAGGAAAUUUACUUCUUAAUUCAGGAUCUGGAAAAGUUUGAGCCAGGGCGAAUCCAUCAGAUUCCAGAGAUCUCAUAUGAAAAGUACACUGAAAGCUCCAGUGGCAGACAACUGAAGGAGGCAAUUCGGAAGUUCCAGAAAUUGCAAACUGAGGACCCUGAUUGGUUUAAAAGGGAGAAUGUUUGCUCUGAGGGUGAGGAUGACCUACAGUCUCUGAACGGGGAACUCGCUGAGGAAUCAAUACCAGCUGAGGGAGGAAUUCUAGAGCAGCAACCACUUCUACAGGAACCUGACCCCAAUAGCUGUUGUGUGGUCAACCUCUUGAUCAGUGAGGCUGACUUAGGAGCCUGUAAGCUGCUACCACAGCCUCUACCAUCAGAAGAUAUAGCAUUCCAGACCCUGGUCAUUCCUACUGAUGAGACUUCUCAGGUUCAGAUGGUAAUGCCGGUUGUCCCUGCAGAAGAGAUAAAGAUACUCAGCCAUCAACUGUUGACCAAUGAAGAUUGGCUAGAAGGAGUACCCCUGAUGGAAGCUAGCAUCCCAAGGAGAAACAGCGUCAUACUUCAAGAAGACCUGUCCUCAAAUCCCCAGCCGCUGCCAGUUGAUGUGAGGCAGCAGCUGGAGGGGUUGAUGUAUUCUCUCUAUCAACGAAGCAUUGCCCCCUCUGAUCUCUCACUCUGCCAAGAAAAUGUUCAUGAGCAGCAGCAGCUAGUUUUUGAUAAAUCUUGCAAAGAUCAAAGACAGUCAGUGCAAUCUGACCAGGGAUACAUCUCCAGAUGCUCCCCUUUGCCUCCUGAUAGCCCUAUGGAGGAAGAGGAAGACCAAGAACAGGAAGGAUAUGCGUUUGCUGGGCACCUCUCCCCAGAUGUCUUGGAUAGUCUAAAAAGUCUUCAACAGCAGCUGCUUUUCCAGGAUAUUCAGCAGAACUUUAGCUAGGGACACAUGAGAGGGAGGAGGGAGAUGAUCUGGAUCUCCACCCAGAACCUGUUCUGUGUUUUCCAAAGAGGAAGGAAAUGUGGACAUUUCAGGUGCUGUCUAUCAGGCAACCUUUUGCAUCCUUAUAGCACACACCUUUGUGAAGUCGAAUGGGUAGGAGAGCUGACUGACAACAUCCAUUUGGCUGCUGGGAUAAUCUUCUACCCAUCCAUCCAUCUGUUGGAGCAUCCUAGUGUGUUGUCAGAACUAUUGACAUUGCAUCCUGCAGAUUGACACUAUAAGCUGCCACAAGAACAUUCUCAGAGAAUCAGACGAAUGGUCCAGAUAUCCCAGUAGUGGCCUGCAAGAUAUAUUUCAGAAGUUAAAAGUGAAAGAACACAGGGAAAUAUUGGCACAAUCCAUUUUUCAUAACAAAUAACUGUUUGUUAUAAGCUAGAUAUAAAAUUAUUAAGAUGGAAACAUAAAAGCCCUGUUGCAUCAGACAAAAGAUCCAUCUAGUCCAACAUUAUAGCACACCUGAUGCUUCUAGGAAGCCCACAAGCAACAGCCCUACCCUAUUGUUGCCUGCAGAAAUAGUAGCCAGUAGCAUAUUGCCUCUCGAACUAGAAGUUCUAUAUAGCUAUGAUGGCUAAUCUUUCUUUAAAUGCAUCUAAACUAGUAGCUGUAGUUAUAUCUUGUGACAGUGACCCUGUUCAGAUGACAUGCUAAGCCAUGGUGGUUAAGCAUUUUGAGCUUAGUGUGUCAUGUGAACCAUGACUUAGCAUGUCGUAUGAACCAUUCCUAACCAUGGUGGCUACCUAAUCACAGUUUAAAUAUGCUCACUAACCAUUUGCUGCAAAAGGGUUAGCAGACUAACCAUGGCUUAGCAUGUUGUCUGAACAGAUCCAGUAAAUUUUUUCAGUUAUGCAUUGUGUGAAGAAGUACUUUCAGUUGUCUGUCAUAAAUCUGUUCCUGAUGAAUUUCAUUGCAUGAUGUGGGGGUGGGUGAAAUCUAUUCACUUCAUAUAUAAUUGUAUAAACCUCCAUCAUGUUCCUUCUUAGUCAUCUUUCUUUUCUAAACUAAAAAACCGAAAGCACUUUAGCCGUGUUGCAACCUUGAUCAUUUGGUUGUCUUUUCUGUCACUUUCCCAACUCUUUGGAUAUUCUUUUUGAGUUUAGGUGACCAGAACUAUACAUGGUAUUCAAAGUGCAGUCACCAAACCUAGAUUCAUAUAAAGGCAUUACAGUACUGGCUGCUUUAUUUUUAAUCUCGCUUUCCUAAUAAUCCCUAACAUGGGAUGUUCCUUUUUCACUAACACUGUGGUAAAAUUUACACUGAUAAAUCCACCACAACGCCAGUAUCUUUUUCCUGAAUAAUCUCCACCAAUUCAGACCCUAUUAAUAUACAUAUGGUCAGAAUUUUUGGCCCCAAUAUGAAUCCCUUUACAUUUGCUAACUUUAAACCUCAUUUGCCAUUUUGUUGCACAUUCCCCCUUUUUGCAGAGGUCCUUUUUGGAGCUCUUCACAACCCACUUAGAUUUUCAGCCACCUGUAUAAUUUGAUGCUAUCUGCACAUUUAGCCAUCUUGCUGCUGACCCUCAACUCCAGAUCUGGAAUGAACUCCAGAUAAUUUACAAAUGAUUAAGACAUCAGGACAAAAGUGUUAGGUCUUCUUCCUCAGCAAGCAUUGUGCUUUAAGCUAUUUUAAUCUUAGGUUCAAUUAAGUAAAACGUUCUUGUAUUGAUCUGAAGUCCUGCAUUAAGUAAUUGCUCUUUCUAAUUACAAAUGCUACAGUGAUCAAUUUACUUUCAUACCACACACAGUUCCAGCAGGUUAUCUGGGUUUAGGGAUUUUCAAGCAAAUUGCAAAUGAGAUGAUAAUGGAUAAUCAAAAGUGCAAAAACUGAUGGAUAAUCAAAAGCGCUGAAAUUAUCUUCAGAAUACACUUAGUUUGAUAAUGGAGAUGCUUUGGCUCCCUAUAAUGCCAAGAGAAGAAACUCAGAAAAUCUAACUUGGAAGGGUAUAUUAAAGACAUUGAAACAGAGAAGAGUUGUUGGUUGAACUUAGAUAUAGGAAAUUGCAAUCAUGUGCUAAUUUCUUGGUUUCUGAUUCCAUCCAUAAUAAUAUGCCUCUACAGGGAUGCUAUUUGUAACAGCAUCUUCAUGGCAAAAGUAACAUGUGUGCUGCAUCUGAAACAUAGAUGUUCCUUAAUAUGUCCCCACUCCCCAAACUUCAGGCUCACUGUUCAUUCUCUGCCCGCCCCCUUCCCCAUGCACCACAACAGCUAGCUUCAAGCACAGGCAAAUGGAAGCAAACAGCUGAAGAGUGUAAGGGAGAGGGCAUGCUUGGGAGGAAGCAGUCGGAGACUUCUUUGCCAGUGUCUUGAAUAGUCCAGGAAUUAUUCAGUGGGCGGAGCCAAUGUUGUUGAUCUUUUAGCUGCAGCUCAAUUCAAAAUAUGACUAUUUAAAAAUUAGCUGUAGACAAGCAUCUGAGAAAAGAUUUUAUGCAUUCUAACAUGUACACGUUUUGCCAAGGAGAAGUGGAGAAGAGAGUAAAGCCAGCAAAAAUUAGGUGUAAGAAACAAUUGUCAAAGGCACUGAGAGUCACCAUUUAGUUCCCUAAAUAUGAGCAAAGGAACAAGGUAAACAAUUAGCUUGACUUCUCUGGUGAAGUCUAUACUUCAGCAUAAAGUGUUAAGUGUUAGUGAUUGAAGUGGAUUCUUCAAAGUGAAAUACUCUUGAAUAAUCCUGUAUUAUAACUAUACAAGCUAAGCUAUUCUGGAGACAACUCAACAAUAUCCUUCAAUAUUCAAUAUCUCUACCUUUUCCAAUUGCAGCUUUUAAUAACUUGAUUAUGCAAGCUAAUAAUGUAUAUUUUGUAAGCAUUUUGCUGGCUCUUCCUACCAUUUGAAGAACACACUCAGAAAGGUAGGGAGCAGGCAAACAUUUGAUUGCCCACCUGCAGUCUGAAGUGGCAUUGCUGAUUCUACUGCCUCAGCACUUUGUCACCUCACUGCUGCAUGUGCAUACCAAGCCUAAGUAAUUAAAACGGGUGGGCAACUUGUGGCCAUCCAGAUGUUUUCUGCUACAACUCCAACUAGCCCUGGUCAGGGUCACCAAUGGUGAGGGAUUAUGGCAAUUGCAGGCCAAAGCAUCUGUUGGGCCACAAGUUGCCCAUCCCUGAAUUAAAGAAACCAUAUUUUAAGUUGUCUACCAAUUAAGCUCUUUUUGUUCUGUUUUGCAUUUGUAAACAAGAUACUUUCUUCCUAGGAAAGUACUCUAGAAUUGAAUUGGUAGUUGAAUAGGUGCUAAAACCAUUGUCGACAGGAGUACAGUUUUUUACCCAAAAUAUUUAUGUAAAGGAAUCAGCUGUGAGCAAGUCAAGCUAUGAUACCCAUGGCCAAAUUUCUGUUGCAACUGAGCUCUAGUGGUCUGUUGUUGAACUUGUUUGUCUACAUAAAAUGGGGGUGAUUACCUGGAUGAUUUGACUGUAUUUUGUAUUUCACAGAUUCUGUAUAAAUCAAAUGUUUUUAUACUAUAUAAUGUAGAACAUUUUCUCUGUAAGCACUAGGAUGUUUUGUGUACAUUUUCUCAGAAAUCCUUACAGCAGUCCUGCAACUUCCCUGUAUUUUAUUUUAUUUUGCGGGGGAGGGAAGAAAAGCUAUAAGAAUGUGGUGGUACAAUACCACACCAGCAGUAAAUGUAUGACCGCUGGUAACUAUAGGGCUGUGUUUUGUAAGUUUGGUAUGAAAGUGUACUAUCCCAUCAAAUACAAAAUUUACCAUACUGAAGAA